GGGUUUGACUGGGCCGCCGUUGUUGUAGUGACCGGGAGGCGCCGCCGCUCUGGGCAGACGGUUCCGGGCGCCGCACGGUCCCCCCUUCCACCCUGGCCCCUCCUUCCCCCGGUUUCCCCCACCCGCAGGAACCGGGUGCCCACCGCUCCCCCCAUGGCCUCCGCCCCGGAGGACCCGGUUCUGGAGCGUUAUUUUAAGGGCCACAAAGCUGCGAUUACCUCCGUGGACUUUCAUCCCAACGGCAAACAACUUGCUAGUGCUUCUUGGGAUACGUUUCUCAUGCUAUGGAAUUUCAAGCCACAAGCGAGAGCUUUCCGAUACGUGGGUCACAAGGAUGUUGUCACCAGCGUGCAGUUUUCUCCACUGGGAAACUUACUGGCAUCGGCUUCACGAGACAGAACCGUCAGACUCUGGAUUCCAGAUAAAAGAGGGAAAUCCUCUGAAUUUAAAGCGCAUACAGCUCCAGUUCGAAGUGUGGACUUUUCAGCUGAUGGCCAGUUUCUAGCUACAGCUUCUGAAGACAAAUCCAUCAAAGUAUGGAACAUGUAUCGCCAGCGCUUCUUCUACUCCUUGUACCGACAUACACACUGGGUACGCUGUGCCAAAUUUUCACCUGAUGGAAGGCUAAUUGUAUCAUGUAGUGAGGAUAAAACUAUUAAAAUUUGGGAUACCACAAAUAAGCAGUGUGUCAAUAACUUCUCAGAUUCUGUAGGGUUUGCAAACUUUGUGGAUUUUAACCCUAAUGGUACGUGCAUAGCUUCAGCAGGUUCUGAUCAUACCGUGAAAAUCUGGGAUAUAAGAGUGAACAAGUUACUCCAGCAUUAUCAAGUUCACAGCUGUGGAGUGAAUUGUGUAUCGUUUCACCCUUCGGGCAACUAUCUCAUCACUGCUUCUUCAGAUGGCACACUUAAGAUUCUGGAUCUCCUAGAAGGAAGGCUCAUAUACACACUGCAAGGACACAUGGUAAUUUCUCUGACACUUAGCCUCUCACACUCCUUCAGUCAUUUCUUUCACUACUCGGCUGAGAUUAAAAGGAGAAAUUUUACAAGGAAAGCCCAGUGCCUGCUACUCGUGGGAGUUUUAUUAUGGAGGACUAACUUUGAUGGACUCAGUUGUAAAGAUGUUGUUAAAAGAAAUCUCAAAAGAUUACAUUUUGAUUCGUCACCACAUCUUCUUGAUAUCUACCCGAGAACAUCACAUCCCCACGAGAGAAAACCUGAGACCAUUGAAAUUAAUCCAAAGCUUGAGGUAAUGGAUUUGCAGACCUCUACUCCCCCUGUUGUGGAUGUCCUUUCUUUUGAUUCUCCCACAACGACGGAAACUAUUGUUAGAACUGUACCAGGAAAGGAUGAAGAGAUGUGUGGAUAUUUCUCGAACCCUUCUUUAAUGUCAUCAGAAUGUUUAUCAACAACCUUGAAGAAGAAGGCAGAAGACAUGAGCGACGUCCCUUCUGAGAGUCACAGAAGCAUACCGCUCGCUGUGACGGACGCGCUGGAGCAUAUUAUGGAGCAGCUCCAUGUGCUGACACAGACUGUUUCAAUCUUGGAGCAGCGGCUGACUUUGACAGAGGAUAAGCUGAAAGACUGCCUUGAAAAUCAGCAAAAGCUUUGCAAUGCUAUCCAACACAAAAGUUAAACAGAAAACUAUGAGCAGAGGCACGAUAAAUGAACACAUGUACCUAUACACAGAAAGGUAUAGGCUUCGUGUAAUGCAUCCAUGCGCUGAUUAUCAUGGCAUUUCUAAAAAGGACGAGCAACAGAACAAAAGGCAGGAGGGGCAUAAUUACAGACUAACUUAAACCUGCAAAUUAGUGUCAAGGAUUAAUUCAGAUCAUUACCAUGUAUGAUUGCAGUAAUAAAGUGAUAAGCAUU